AUGGCUGUCUCCAUGCGCUUCUUGUCCCAGGCGUCCAAAGGCUUCGAGAACCUGGUGUCGCAUGCGGCGACGCCCAAGGCCCUGCGCACACCAAAGACUCCCAAGACGCCCUUGAGCCCACCAACCCCGCUGAGCCCUAUGAGCCGUCUAAGCUUCUUCCCGGAGAGCAGGGAGCGCCCCAUGUUGCCAAAGCCGGCUGAGCGGCGGGUCGUUCACUUUGCGGACCCGGCGCAGGGUCUGUCUGGCAAUGCCAGCAGCAUCCUGGGCAGGAUCCACGCUGAGAAGAGCCCUUGCAGCCCCAGUUGCGGUCCUGAUCUGAGAUCCGCAGCUGCCACCACACGCGAUGCCGUGCUGGCCAGGCGGGCUCGUCAAGAGGACCGCACCGUGACCACACCUCCAGUUGCAGCCUUUAAGCUAGAGCUGCCUUCCUUGCUGGGGCGUCGAGCAUUGCCGCAGCGGGCUGCUGAGCCGCUGGAAGUUGUGGACGAAGAGUCGUGUGCGCAUGCAGCCCAGAAGUCGUUCUUGGAGCAGCAGGCACGCCGAAACAGCCGUGCCAUGGUGGACUUUGUGGUCUAA